AUGAUCAUUUCCGAUAAUGUCGUCUUUAAUAUCGCAGCCUUCAUUGGCGGGCUCUUCGUUCUCGAAUUCGGCGCGGACAGGUUCAUUGAUCACACUGCGAAGUUGGCCUCGCGAACGGGAAUACCUCCUACCCUGGUCGCGCUUUUGACGGCUGGUGCAGAAUGGGAAGAACUAGUGGUGGUCGUGGCAGCCAUCUCGCAGAAGCAGUCGCCUCUGGCCCUGGGGAACAUCCUCGGGAGCAGCAUCUCGAACAUCCUAGGAGCCUUCUCCCUCGGCCUGAUCUUCUCCAAAUCCAAUGUGACCUUUGAUCGUUCCUCGAAGAUAUACAGUGGGGUCCUGCUGGGUCUUACGAGCUCCUUUGCGAUAUUUAUCUUGUUCUUCGAGUCACUGGGACGAAUUGGUGGAGGACUGUUGAUGGUUGCAUUCGUGCUAUACAUCGUAUCUAUCGCCUGGGCCAUUUACAAGGGCAUUGUGUCUCCACCCGUGGACUCAGACAGCGAUUCGGACAGCGACUCCGCAGGCCCGGACUCGGAUUCCGACCUAGAAAAAGAUUCUGUUCCACUCAGAGAAGUUCCGCCCGUUCCGAAUUCCGAGUCAAGCAGCACAAUUACCCUCCGCGAUCUCGAGAGCGGACAACACGCGAAGCAGGAGGGCUACUGCAGUGAUGGAGGCCUCCACGAAGACAUGUUUGACAACGUUACCCUCCACCCCUUGCGCGAAAUAAAGCAAGCAGGCCACAGCACCCUCUAUCACCUCACACAUCUCACACUGGGCUUCCUUGCCCUUUCCCUAAGCGGCUAUAUACUCUCCCACAGCGUCACAACGCUCUCCACCGAAUUCUCACUGUCCAGCACCGUCUUGGGAAUAACACUGCUCUCUUUCGCCACGACGCUUCCCGAGAAGCUGAUCUCCAUCAUGUCUGCCAAACGCGGCGAGUCAGGCAUAGUCGUAGCCAACACAGCCGGCUCGAACAUCUUUCUCGUCACGCUCUGCGCAGGAGUUGUCUAUCUCACCGGCGACGUGGCGAGUCUGAGAGGAAGUGUGACGCCCUUUGAAGUGGGCUGUAUGUGGGCGAGUAGCGUUGUGCUCUCUGGCAUCGUGAUGUUGGGAGGCAGGCGAUGGAUGGGAUGGGUGUUGUUUGCGGCAUAUAUUGUGUUUAUUGUCUGUGAGUUUACGAUACGACGGGAUACUGAUGUUUGA